AGCGAUGAGCCAGCCUGUGGAGCCAAGCCCGACGCCAGCAUGAGCCAUGGAGAGAGCCAGUCUGAUCCAGAAGGCCAAGUUGGCAGAGCAGGCUGAACGCUAUGAGGACAUGGCAGCCUUCAUGAAGAGCGCCGUGGAAAAGGGUGAGGAGCUAUCCUGCGAGGAGCGAAACCUGCUGUCAGUGGCCUACAAGAAUGUGGUGGGUGGCCAGAGGGCUGCCUGGAGGGUCCUGUCCAGUAUCGAGCAGAAAGGCAACGAAGAGGGCUCGGAAGAGAAGGGCCCUGAGGUGCGAGAGUACCGGGAGAAGGUGGAGACUGAGCUCCGGGGCGUGUGUGACACAGUGCUGGGCCUGCUGGACACCCACCUCAUCAAGGAGGCAGGUGAUGCCGAAAGUCGGGUGUUCUACCUGAAAAUGAAGGGCGACUACUACCGCUACCUGGCUGAGGUGGCCACCGGUGAUGACAAGAAGCGCAUCAUUGACUCAGCCCGGUCGGCCUACCAGGAGGCCAUGGACAUCAGCAAGAAGGAGAUGCCACCCACCAACCCCAUCCGCCUGGGACUGGCCCUGAACUUUUCAGUCUUCCACUAUGAGAUCGCCAACAGCCCCGAGGAGGCCAUCUCACUGGCCAAGACCACCUUCGACGAGGCCAUGGCUGACCUGCACACCCUCAGCGAGGACUCCUACAAAGACAGCACCCUCAUCAUGCAGCUGCUGCGAGACAACCUGACGCUGUGGACCGCCGACAACGCCGGGGAAGAGGCAGGAGAGGCUCCCGAGGAACCCCAGAGCUGAGCCAAGCCCGCCCCCUCCCUGCCGCGCCCUGCCCUCCCCAGCACCCCCACCGUGGCAGAGAGGACUAGUAGGGGUGGGAGGCCCGACCCCUCUCCCCGAACGCUCUGCACCCUGCUCACAAGAGCUCCAAGGAGAGGGACCAGCAGAGCUGAGGCCAGCUGGAGCCAGGGGGUCCCGCUCUGCCUGCAGCUGUGGGAGCUCCUCGCCAGGGGUCAGCCCACCCACCCCUGCUCUCUGCACCCCUCCUCCAAACCCCACCGCCAACCGGGCCACCUCUAACCCCUCCUGCCUCCUUCCCACCCCGUUGGCCUCUGAAACUUAGGAAUUGAGGAGUGUCCCACCCUUGUGCCUGAGAGCUGGACUGUAUGGCAGAUGAGUGUGUGAGAGACAGAGAGUGAGAGCGAGUGAGUGUACGACCCAGAAUGACAGGGAAAGCAUGUCUGCUGGGUGUGACCCUGUUUUCUCUCAAUAAAGUUCCCCUGUGACACUC